AUGAGGCCCGGGGAGGGCCUAUGUAAGGGUCCGCAGAGCAGAGAAGAAAACGCAACUUCCAAUCACGGAGGGCCCCAUGAUCCAGGACAUGGCCCGGCAUCGCUCAAAGUGAGCCUCAUUCAUUAUCGGUCAAUUGACUGGAGUCUCCGCGGGGGGAGACGUGACGGGGUUCAAGGAUGCUUGGAACCUGUCCCUUUGGCGGAGACACGUAGUCGCCUCCAGCCGCUACUCGCGGCCGAUCCUGUGCAGUGGAGCGCCCCCGCCCCCGGCAGGCUCCCUCCGCUUUGCAAAGGGAGGGCGGAGCUGGGGAAGCCUUGCACACUAGUCUUCCUGGAGCUGCAGACGAGGAGCCCCGUGCCCUCCCUAGCCUCUCAGCGGCUUCCCCUCGGCUGCGCGGGUCUCCCUCCCUCCAGCCCCGCGGCCGGAGCGCGCACACCGGGGCUCCGGCACGUGGGCGCGCGGGAGGCGGCGGCCGCUGCUGCCGCUGCCGGAGCCCAAGCCCGAGCCCCAGCCGGCGAGAUUACCCUCCAUGCUGCGGGCUCUGCGGCCGCCUUCCGCUCUGCCUCUGGCCGGAGCCCAGCCCCGCGAGCCAGUGAAGCCGCGGAGGGGAGGACACGGACAGGAGGAGGGGCGCGGCGGGCAGGGGCGAGCCGGGCUCUGAGCAAGGGGCGCCCGCAGCCGGGAGGAGGCAGCCGGGCGCUCUCGCUCGCUCUCUGCUCCAGUCGCUGCCGGGGGUUCCAGGCGGCGCGACGCCGCUGCGCUCUUUCUAGGCGGCGGCCAGCGGAGGUUUCCCGCAGCCGGCCCCCAUUCAGCCGGCGAGUCCCUGUUUAUCCCGGAGGACGCGCCCGGCCGCCCGAGCUGAAGCGAGCGCGAAGUCUGAAGUCAGCCCCCAGCGCCGCCAACUUCCCCGGGAGCCCCUCUCCCCGCUGCAGCCUGCGCCAGCCUUGGGAGCGAUGCGCCCCCAGCCGGGCGGCGCGCCCUCUGCCAACUCGCCACUCAUGGGAUCCACUGCCCUCGACUGCCCCGCUUGGAGCGCGUAGCCUUCGCCGCGUGGCCCGAGAGAGGAGCGAGACACCAAGGCGUUUCGCGGAUUCCGCGCGCGCUUGCGGGUCUGCUGAGGUCUCCUGCGGGGCAGCGUCCAUACCCAGGGGUCCUCUUUUGAAGCAACUCUUCAAGUCUGUAUUGGAUUUUUUAGAACCAAGUGUUUUUCUGGGAGUCAAGUCUUCAAGAUACCAAAAUAUGAUUAUAAUUAGCCACUGGACAACUGUAUCAGAGGUAGCAGUUCAGUACCAAAUCAAGAAAGAUAAAAGUAAUUGGAGGAUUUGCAAUUAGGAUACUGAAUUUCAGAAGGAAUCCUACUUGCAGGCAGUGUGCGUGCUAAGUCGCUUCAGUCGUGUCCGACUCUAGGUGACCCUAUGGACUAUAGCCCACCAGAUACCUCUGUCCAUGGAAUUUCCCAGGCAAGAAUACUGGAGUGGGUUGCCAUUUCCUUCUCCAUGUUUGCAGGCAGGGAGCCUCCUGAUUGUUUUUGAGAACUAUUGGGUGCCCAGGACCUAGACUAUUGUACUUGAUACUUAGCAAAGACUCAAGAAUAGUUGUUGCAUGAAUGAAUGAAUUUAGCCUGUCUUAGUCAUCAGGAUGCUUACUUUCCCUUAGUUACUCCACUCUCUCACAUUUGUGUAAAACUUUGCAAUUUGUAAAAUGAUUUUAAUUUUUUCAGUCAUUCUAAUGAGGCUGUGACUC